AUGGGCCUCUUUCUAGGCUCGGCGCAUUACCUCCUCGCGGGGGUAGUCUUUGCGCUGCUAGUCCGCGCACUCCUAGGAAAGAAGGCCAUACGACGCAACGGGGAGCCUCUACGAAACCCACCCGACACCCUCCCCCUCGUGGGCAACGGCAUACAAUUCCUCCAGCCUCGCUGGAACCUCCUCAGCUGGUUCGACAAAUGCCAGCGCCAAUUCGGCUACGAGACCCUCGCCCUCACAGUCCCAACCCUCCCCCCUGGCGUGCUCAUCCACGAUCCCAAAAACCUCGACUACGUCUUCAAGCACGAAGGUCUCUUCACCAAAGGCAACUUUGUCAAAACCCGCUCCUGGGACCUUUUCGGGAAUGGCAUCAUCAAUGCGGACGGUGACUUUUGGAAACUCCAGCGCAAAGCCGGCCUGAGCUUUCUCAACACGGCCAACCUGCGGGUCUUGACCGAUGUGGCUCUCCCGCAGUAUCUGUCUGAGAGCGUCAAGGAGCUCGAGGCGGCCAAGCCAGACCAGGUGGUGGAUCUGCAGGAUGUUUUUCAUGAGAUUACCACCAAGCUUAUGGGGAAGAUGGCUUACAAUAUGGAAAUGCACUUCUCCUCCCCCUUCUCCUCCUCCUUCGACCACGCCUCGGGCUGCACAGCGCAGCGCUUCCAAAACCCCCUCUACCCCCUAACGGAAUUCUUUUUUGGCCACAAGUUCCGCCAAUCCAUCUCCACCGUCAAAAAAUUCGGCCUCGAAAUUGUGUCCCGCGCCAUGCGAGACGCCAAAUCCAUUUCCUCUUCCCCGCCGCCUUCCACCUCGCCCGAUGACGAGAAACUAGACUCCAUCUCAGGAUCACUAAUCCACUCCCUCUUGUCCGCAAUCCCCGACUCCCCCUCCACCGUCGCCGACGCGGCCUUGACGUACCUCUCCGCAGGCCGUGACACCACAGGCCAGGCACUAACCUGGACGUUUUACUUGCUGCUCUCUCACCCAGAAGUUUUGGCCAAAAUCCGAGACGAGGUCAGGGGUGUUCUUGCUAGAGAACAACCCCCGCUUGACACCACCUCCUCCUCCCUUCCCUUUUCCCCCGCAGUCCUGACCCCCCUUUCAGCACCUUACUCUCUCGCAGUCUUUUACGAAUCCCUCCGCCUUUACCCCCCCAUCCCGUUUGAGAUUCGCCAAGCCCAGGCAGCUACCACACUCCCAGACGGGACGUUACUCCCAAAGGACAGCGUGCUGGUGUGGUGUCUGUGGGCUAUGCAGAGGAGCAGGCUGACCUGGGGGGAGGACGCGGAUCAGUUUAGACCGGAGAGGUGGCUGGAUGAAAAUGGGACACUCAAACACAAGGGCGCGGCCGAGUUUCCGGUUUUUUACGGGGGGGCGAGGAGUUGUUUGGGAAGAAAAAUGGCCGAGGGGAUUGCGGUGCAGGUUAUUCCUGUUGUGGCUUGGGGGUGGGAGUUUGAGGGGGCUUGGGAAGGAGGACAAGAGAGGAGGAGUGGGGAUAGCUUGACGCUGCCUAUGGAGGGGGGGUUGCCUGUUUUUGUUAGGAGGAGGAGGGGGGGGGAGACGACGGGGAGAUAG